AUGGGGACUCCGACCGGUCUGGACUAUAUGCGUUCGCGUACUGUUGUGGAUUGUGAUACGAUGGACGAAGAGGUCGCAAAGUCUCUCGGUCCAUUCCAGGAUUGCACUUCCAAUCAAGCUAUCGCCUUUGGCGAAUUGUCUAAACCGGCUCGCGCUGAGGUCAUCGCCGCGUCUCUGGCUGAUGCAAAGCUACUUCACACCAAGUACUCUUCGAUCAGUAUGGGUGAGCUCGCUGUCGAGAUUGGCAUGGUACGCUUGGCUAUUGCUAUGGCAAAGCACAUUCGAGGAUUAGUCCAUGUGCAAACGAAUCCGUAUUAUUCAUACUCCACGGAGAAAACAGUCAUCAACGCUCUUCGAAUCGUGCAGCUUUUCCAGCAUGUUCAACCAGGAUUCGAUGUCGCCCGUAUCUCUAUCAAGAUUCCGAGUACCUGGGAGGGUAUGAUGGCUUGUCGAACUCUUGAGCUUGCUGGGGUACGGACACUUGCUACCACUCUUUUCAGUAUGCCCCAGGCAGUUCUUGCAGCUGAAGUGGGCUGUACAUAUGUGGCUCCCUACGUGAAUGAACUCAAGGUCCACGUCCAAGCAGGCUAUGUCGAUGAGCACAAGCUUCUUCCUCUUUGUGCCGCUAUUCAAGAUUACUAUAAAUCGAUCAAAGCUCCGACCAAGGUCUUGCCGGCGAGUUUGACCUCAACAGAGGAAAUAUUCCGGCUUGCUGGUGCUGAUCACCUCACAAUUGCACCCCAUCUCUUGGAACAGCUUGCGCUGCCUUUGAAUGCUAAAGUGGACUCGUUGUUUGACGCUGCUCCCACAGAGCCAGUCCCGCCACCAGGUGCUUCAUACCUGCAUGAUGCUGGCCAAUAUAAGAUUGCCUUCGCUCGCGACCGUGGCGGCGCCAGUCAAAUCAAACUGACCGAGGCGAUCAAUAUCUUUUGCGAUUUCCAGGAUAAGCUGGAGCAAAUCAUGAAAGUGUCCGUUUAA